AAUCACAAACUCAUAACAUAACAAAAGAGUCUGCUAAAGCAAAGCAGAAGUAAAUUAAAGGUUUUAGAUUUUAUGGAGUAUAUCCCUUGCCCUUGUUUUUAAGUUUUCUUAUAAUGGAAGAAGUUCUUGAUGAAGUCGUAUCAAAUGAAGACUUAAAGAAGUUUGAACGGGAAUACCAUGAACAGCUUUACAAAGGAAAAGUGACUACGGAAGCACAGUUCAACUAUGCCUGGUGUUUGGUCCGAAGCAAAUACCCUGCAGAUGUUAGAAAAGGGAUUCUACUUUUAGAAGAUCUUUCUAAGGAUGCUCAGGCUGGUGAUGCAAAAAGAGAUUAUCUCUACUAUUUAGCUAUUGGAAAUGCAAGAAUCAAGGAAUAUUCAAAGGCACUGAAUUACGUUAGAAUGUUCCUCAAUUUGGAGCCUGGCAAUGCACAAGUUCAAAACCUCGAAACUAUCAUCAAGAAAAGGAUGGAAAAAGAGGGCUUGAUCGGCAUGGCACUGGCCGGGACAGCUGUGGUAGCCAUGGGAGGACUGGUAGCUCUAGGGCUGGCUCUCACCAAGAGCAAGUCAUAAUUACUCCAAAUUGGCACUUCCAAAUCAUCAGUCUUUUACACCGUUUACACAAAGGAGUAACAUAAAUCAUUAUUCAUUCGUUUGGAUUAAAAUAGUGAAUUAAUUUUUUUUGCACUAAAGAACUUGUUUUGUUACUUUCAACUUAUUGCACUUUAUGGUCUCUCUGUGUAGUGUGGUGAAUGGAAUAGUUGAUGAUUUUGCAAGGUGUUAGUUUACAUAACUAAAUAUGUAAGCAUUCCGUUGAUUUCACAUUAUGACUGAUAUCGUUUUUAUUGUUUAUAACCAGCCUCAUGACAAGAGCAAUAUUAUCGAGGAUGUUUUGCAACUUGCAAUGAAGUCUUUCUUUUCUAAUCUCAACAUGUAGCUGUGUAAAUUAAUUGUAAUUAGAUUGUCUUUGCCAUGUUUAGUUGUCCACGCUGGCGAUAUUGUGUCUAAUGUAAUAUAUUGUGUAUGUAAUAAAAUAUUUAUUUCUUAGACAAACA